UCAGUGGCGAUGAGCCAGCCAGCCUAGGCGACACUGGAGGCGGCCCUCGGCGUACGCGGAGGACGGAGCUGACCGCCUCCACCGGGUGUCAUCUGUGCUGAGGUGGGCCUGCGUUCCAGGAUGGUUUGUUCUUGGGACCAGACCUGACCAGAAGUUGACCUCAUGAGCACGUCAGCCCCUCCAGCUGCCAUGCUCCUCCGGAGGCUGAGGCGGCUCUCCUGGGGCAGCACUGCUGUCCAGCUCUUGAUCUUAACAGUGGUGACGUUCGGCUUGCUGGCCCCCCUGGCCUGUCACCGCCUUCUGCACUCUUAUUUCUAUCUGCGCCAUUGGCAUCUGAACCAAAUGAGUCAAGAGUUCCUGCAGCAAAGUUUGAAAGAGGGUGAAGCUGCCCUCCACUAUUUUGAGGAGCUGCCCUCUGCCAAUGGCUCAGUGCCCAUCGUCUGGCAGGCCACCCCCCGCCCCUGGCUGGUCAUCACCAUCAUCACCGUCGACAGGCAACCUGGCUUCCACUACGUCUUGCAGGUGGUGUCCCAGUUCCACCGGCUUCUUCAACAGUGUGGCCCCCAGUGCGAGGGCCACCAACUCUUCCUGUGCAACGUGGAGCGUAGUGUAAGCCAUUUCGAUGCCAAGCUGCUGUCUAAGUACGUCCCCGUGGCCAACCGCUAUGAGGGCACCGAGGAUGAUUAUGGUGAUGACCCUUCAACCAACUCAUUUGAGAAGGAGAAGCAGGACUAUGUCUAUUGCCUGGAGUCCUCCCUGCAGACCUACAACCCAGACUACGUCCUGAUGGUAGAAGAUGAUGCUGUUCCAGAAGAGCAGAUCUUUCCAGUCCUGGAGCACCUUCUGCGGGCUCGCUUCUCCGAGUCCCACCUCAGAGAUGCCCUCUAUCUGAAGCUCUAUCACCCCGAGAGGCUCCAGCACUACAUCAACCCUGAGCCCAUGCGGAUCCUGGAGUGGGUCGGUGUGGGCAUGUUGCUGGGGCCCCUGCUAACCUGGAUAUACAUGCGGUUUGCCAGCCGUCCAGGGUUCAGCUGGCCUGUAAUGCUCUUCUUCUCCCUAUACAGCAUGGGUCUCGUGGAGCUGGUGGGCCGGCACUAUUUCCUGGAACUGCGACGGCUGAGUCCUUCCCUGUAUAGCGUGGUCCCUGCCUCUCAGUGUUGCACCCCAGCCAUGCUUUUCCCUGCCCCUGCGGCCCGCCGGACCCUCACCUACCUGUCUCAGGUGUACUGCCACAAGGGCUUUGGCAAGGAUAUGGCACUCUACUCACUGUUGAGGGCCAAGGGGGAGCGGGCCUACGUGGUGGAGCCCAACCUCGUGAAGCACAUUGGGCUCUUCUCCAGCCUCCGGUACAACUUUCAUCCCAGUCUGCUCUAGUGUUCCAAGAAAUGCCUUUCUGAAAUUGGCCAUUCUUGGCGAUUCCGAUAUCGAGCUCUUUCUUUGGACAUGGUUGCUUGCAGUCAUUUCAUUGUUUAAGGUUGUUAGGGAUCUAGGCACUGAGGCAGCUGAGAACAUACACAUCAAGAACCUUGGCUUUGGUAACUCCAGCAGGAUCAGAUGUUGGCCCUGAGUCGGGACCCCUCUCCCUCCACACAGCCAUACUGCCUCAUGCAGUCUGACCCACCCACCGAGGGGGCAUUUACAUACCAGUUCUAUUCUCCAACUGUUUUCAGCAAUGCUUUGUGAUAGAGCUGGUGACUGCCAAAAAUAGUGUGCAUAAAGAUAGGACUGUUUUAGGAUUUUAAGGAUAGAAUUUGGUGAAAGGUGAGAUCCUUUUGAAUUGAUUUCUUUCUUUCCAGGCAUGAGAAUGGACGUGUGUCCAAAGAGGCAGGACCAUGUUGCUAGGUUCCAUUUGUUUCUUUGACCUGGUGUAAUAAAAGCCAGUAAAAUCCAUUGCAGGGCCUGGCGACUUGGAGACAGGUGAUCACGUUUCUGUUUCCUGGUGUUUUUUCCCCCACACAUCUGUAGUGUACUGCUAGUCAAUACCGCUAGUGAGAACUUUAAGUCACAGCAAGAUCUACAGGCACCUUCUGGAUCAUCAAAACCAGAUUUCUUAUGUUCAGUAGUGAUUCAGUAUUGAAUAUUUCUGUCAUAUUCUGAUUCUUUGAAAAUUGGACAUUGCCGAAUGAUAUAAAAUGGGUGAGCUCACUAAUAGUGUAUCCUUUUCCCUUAUUUUUCUGGCUAACCAUUCACCCUCACUUUUUUCUUCUUCUGGAUAUCAUGGUGUUAGAGAAAGAAAAAAUGUAGACUGUGAAGUCAGAAGGCCUGAAUUUUUAUUUCAGAUCUCUGCCAUGCCCUAGUGACGUGAACCUGGGCAAGUUAUGACCACUCUGAGUCUUAGUUUUUUCACCUGUAAAACGGGGAUGGUGAUACCUACCUUUUAAAGUUGCCUUGAGGAUUAAAUGACAGAAUGUAUGUAAAACACCUAGCAAGUGCUUAUCCCAUAGAAGGCACUUGAUGAACACUAGUUCUUUUCCUAGAAUAAGCAUAUGAAAUUCAAGUGUAUUUUGGAUAAAGAUAUUAGUGAUAGUGUUUAAAGUGUGCAGUAGGGCGUAGGGCUUCCACCUGGGGAGCAGUCAUUCUGGACCAAACUACUAGAAUAAAAGCUGACUUGGCAUUGUGACUUGUGAAGAAGGUGUAGCUCAGCUUUCAUCUGGCGCCUCUUCCAACCAAGCCAAAAAUAAUUGUUCAUUUAAAUGGGAAAUGGUCUGAGACUCCUCUUGAGUUUAUUCCAAGACUAGCAUCUGAAAAUUACUUUUCUCCAAAGUUCCACAUAGAUGUCCUCGGACGAUAUUUAUCAAGCCAGUAGCCAACAAGUCCCUUUGUGAGGAUGUGUGUCUACACUGGAUUUCAAGUGUGUUGUGUGGAUCAUUUGUUUCGGUGCCAGGCCUUCUUUUGCUUUUUAAAUUUCCGGUAAGCUUCCAUUUGGAGAACCCCUCAAGAGCACUGAGGCAGUACAUGGGGGUUCCACACCACAUUUUGCAGGUGGACAAACCGAGACCAAGGGAUACGAAACAACUUCUCUGGGUUCACACGGCUGGACAGCAGCAGAGCCAGGAUGGGAACGUAGCUCCUCUGAGUUCCUGCACUUUUUUCUUAACCACAUUCACUUUAUAAAUAUCUAUGUAGUCAAAUUCUCUUUUGUAGAAUCUGAUUGUAACCUGGACUGAAAAAAUGUCUCUGUAAGCUAACAUGGUAGACCCUCAUUGUCCCGUUGGUCUUGGGGAACAAACAGGCAUAAGUAUGUGUUGUGUUGUUAUCGUGAGAUGUUACAUGUCCCUCAGGAACGUCCAAAGUGAGCAGAGCUACUAGAUGACUUAUCAAGAUGUUCAGACUCCACUGCUAAAUUCAUCUUCUCUCAGUGACUGGUUUAUCCCCGUGUUCAGGAACAGAACUGCCUUCAACCUACAGUUCAUUAGCAUUUGUUCCAUUAACAAAUGGAUCUCCUCAUGAAUGUUUUGUGCCCAACGACAGGAGAGUCCAAUCUAAGCUAGCCAGGCAGAAGAUAGGGAAUCAUUGCUGGUUUAUAUUUCUGCUCUUUCUAAUUCAGUUGUCUACCGCAUGCAGACAUCCCCUCCCUUGACUCCUGGAUGGCUAAAGCCAUUUUUGCCUUGUCUCAUUUCUCUGCCUACACAAAGACACCUUCCCCCAUAGAUCUUAACUAGAGUCUACUGUCCUUGGACGUUUUCUGCAGAUGCAGGCUCCGUUCUGCCAUUUUGUCCCCACCCUCAUCUAGCUCUCCCUCAUACCUAGAGUCCAUUUUUUGUAUGUUGUCCUUCAUUAGGACAGUUGACAGCUUUACACCGAAGCUGAAGUCUCAUUUAAUCCCAAGCAAGGGGGCUAGAGGAGAACUAAAGUCCCCUUCCCAUAACAAAGGACAUAGGUCAUCGGGAGGAUGAAGGUCUCUAACAGAACCUGCUCACCUUUCAGGGUUUAAAUUAUGAUCAGGCCUAAGAAGCUCCCUAUUGCGACUGAGUGUAUUUGCAUAGACAUAUCAGUUCCAAUAAAAGCAGCUGUUCCACUGAGGCAUCCUGAGAAGACUUUUGUCAUUCCCUCUCAUUUCUGUGGAUGGAUUUUCUAAUGUGGUGAAUAAUAGAGAAAAUACACACACACACACAUACACAUACACACACACACACGCCAUUUUGGAGUCCCAAGGUAACCAUUCACAAUUAUGGGCCAUUUGCUUAAAAAUCGAUAACUGAUUUUGUAGUAUUUCUUGAGUGGAAACAUUUGGACUGUGCAUUCUUUUUUAUUGUCAUUUAAGGAAAGAAGGAUAAAAAAUACUACAGUACAACUGGAGAACACAAACUGAAUUAAUAAGAUGGUAAGAUUAAUCUAAUUUACCGUGGAUACACCCCUCAUUUGGUAGAAUUUAUUUAAUUGGCAACUUAAUUUCGGUAGAGAGGCAUUAUAAUUGGAGUUGAUUACUGUGGGAUUUUUAUAUACUCCAUGAUGCAUUGUGAGUUACAGUAACGCAUGAUAUGAAACUGGCUAGUUUUAAGUCACAUGACCAUUUGGAUAUUUUUAUCUCAACUACAAUGAAUUUGCUGAGAAAUGCUCAUUAACUGGCCCUUUUCUUUUUAGGGUGAAUUUUAUAUUGAAAACCUUUGGGGGCCAUGUCAAAGAUGAUUGGAAAUGUGAUUAAAAAGUACUUAAUGUAUUAGAACUGCAGUGGAAAUGUGCUGUGGCUUCCAGGUCCCUCCAGUCCUUGGGUUGCAGGAUUGUUAUGAGUCAUCACUCUGUAAUGAAUGGGGAUUUUUUGGCUUAGAAUUUAACAGAUUUUCUUGAUCUUUUCCCAUAUGAUCUACACAGAAAUGUGGAUUAGUGAACUGAUUUAAAGAAAAAAAAAAAGGCAUCUCUGUUAAUAGUUUGGGGUAAAAACAGGUGAAAAUCCAAAGCCAAAUGAUGAAUUUCUCAAAAAGAAACAAGGAUCAGAUUGUGUAAGUAUGUAGGAAUGGGGUAGCUUUAAGAUGUUCAAGAGAUGGGAGAAGACAAAGAUGUAGAGUAGAGCAGAGGAUCUCGCAUUUGUUACCUGUUCAAGUUUAUUUAUUUUGAGAGAGAGAGAGAGAGAGAGAGAGAGAGAAUGAGUGGGGGAGGGGCAGAGAGAGAGGGAGGGAGAGAGAGAGAGAGUCCCAAGCAGGCUCCAUACUGUGUGUAGAGCUUGAAUUCAUGAACUGUGAGAUCAUGACCUGAGCUGAAGUCAGACGCUUAACUGACUGAGCCACCCAGGCACCCCUUUAAGAUUUUAAGUAAUCUCUACACCCAACAUGGGGCUCGAACUCACAACCCUGAGAUCAAGAGUUGCAUGCUGCACCAACUGAGCCAGGCGCCCCUGUAAUAAAUUCUUCAUGCGUGCAUCACCAUCAUGAAAUCGUCAUAGGAACAGCCUGUGGAGAAUGCAUAGGAACUAAACAGUGAAUGGUCAAUGUUCUGGAUAUAUAAUGCAUUACUUUGCUAGGGCCUGACUUCUUACUGCAUUUAGAAUAAAAUUCAAACCUCCUAUGUUAAUUUCCAGGCCAGAUGGAACCGUCUGAUUUCAUGUCUUAGUGCCACUCCCAUCCUUGUUCUCCAGGUUCUAACCACACCAGCUUGCUUUCACUUGCUUGGACUUGCUACACUGUUCUUAUUGUAAGGCCUUUGCAUGGCCAUCCUCUGUCUGGAACACUUUUCCUUUGGCUAAUUCUUUCCUAUAAUUCAGGUCUCAACCUAAUUUUAAUCCCUCCCAGCAGUCUCUCCAUCCUAUCUAAAGCAGUCUCCCUGCUUUCCAGCCCCCAGGCCCAUCUAUCACUUACCCAGUUUGAUUCUCUUCAAAGCUCUUGUGACCCAAAAUUCCCCUUUUAUUUUAGGAUAUUCCCCCCCACCUCCCCCCAUAGGAUAUAAACUUCACAAUAUCAGGAGUCUUCUUCUUCAUUUACUGCUGUAGGCCCAGAUCCUAGAACAAUACCUGACAUAUAGUAGGAAAUGAAUGAAUGAGAGAGAGAGAGGAGAAGAAAGGCAGGCAGGAAGAAAGGGAAGAAAAGAAAAAGAAAGGGAGAAAGAGUAGAGGGAUCCACAGUGGAACUGCCCACGGAAAAGAGGAAUACUGGCUGAAGAGAAAAGGAACUAGGGAAGACAAUUUAGGAGAGAAACAAAGAGGGGUCCAGGUAGUGAGGGUUGGUUAGGAUGUACAAUUCUGACCCCUGUGAAAAGAAGCUUUUUUGCAUGCAUUCUAGCAGAGGGAAUGGCAAGUGUGAACAGGAACUUUUUAACACAUAGCUGCUUUUUUUUGGUUGUUGUUACGGUUUUAUUUCUAGUGUGGUGUGGGGUCCUGUGUGUUACUCUUAGGCAAAGGUUGGGAUUUUUCCUUCAGGCUGCAACUGCUGAAUCUUCCUGGUGUUGCCACUGGGAAUCAUCUAGACAUGAAAACCACCCACCGUGGGUCCACAGCCUCUUCUAGGACUUUUAGGCCAACAGGCUGGAAAGAGAGUGACACAACCAUCACCUCACUGUACCAAUGAACCCAAGUUCUGUGGGUGAGCGGCUAUGGAUGAUAGGAGUGGCUUUUGGCAAAACAUUACACGAUUUAACACAAACCAAGAAUAGAGAGGUAAAUCUUCCCAGAGACUAGAUGUCUGGAACAAGAGACUACUUAGGAAUCAUUUUUCUGGUACAUGACUUUUGGGGUAUUUUUAUUGUAUCAGUGCAGCUUUGUUUAAAUGUGAGUUCUUUGUAAAAGUUGAGUCCUCUGCAAAACUCAUACACUGGCAACAUUUUAGACAAAGAAUGUACACCACCCCAGUUUGUUUUUAUCCAGAAAAAGAUGUAAGCUCUGGCACUGCUGUGACCCGAGGACUUGAGACCGUGGUUGCUUGUACAGUCAGGAGCCCAAACUUUUGAAACACAAGUCAACGAAUCUGUGUAGAUUUUUUUCUAACACCAUGUUUGGGCAAUUCCUUUUGUCCUUCUCAACCAUACCCUUGCCAACACUAAUACAUCCAGUAUCCGUAGCCAUCUGGGGUUCAUCAAAUGAAGGUUGGCUUCUAUUUAGCUCUCCCUGCAACGAAGUUUAUGACAAAGGAGGCAGGAUUCCCGGAAUGUACAUUUGGAGUGCUUCCCCCUCAUUUGAACUAGAAGAGGUGAAAAAGCAUCUAAGUUUUAAAGUUAUUUAAAAAAAAAAAAAAGGAAUUGUGUGUGUCUGUCACAUUCAAGAUCAUAGUUCCUGUGUUAUUCUGCAAGGAACUACAUCAAAGUAAUCAUAUGUAAAUCUAAGUAUAGCAUUUUAUCUCCAUCUUAAUAAAUGCCUAAAUCACAUUAGCAAUAUUCAUUCAAAUGACUCAAGCUGUUUUCUUACUUUAAAAUUUUUUUCCAGCUUUACUGAGAAUAAUUGAUAUAAUCACUGUAUAAGUUUAAGGCAUACAGCAUGCUGGUUUGAUUUACAUAUAUUGUGAAAUGAUAACCACAUUAGGUUCAGCUAACAUCCAUCUUGUCAUAUAGGCACAAUAAAAAGAAAAGAAAGAAGAAAAGAAAAAACA